UAUAUUGAAUCCAACGUUCAGAGAUCACUCUUCGCGUCAACUCCCUAUACCCCUUGUUUCCAGAUUCUGCCCAUGUUCGGUUCCUCUCUCUCUCUCUCUUCUGAACGCAUUAUGGGAUGACGGAACGUUGUGGAGAACGAAGAAGAUGACAUUCUGAAACAGCUCAUUCCCAACCACUCAACCUCCUUCCCCGAAGCCUUGGCCCAAGGAAAGCUCCCCCUCCCCUACUCCCAGACUCCAACACAACCAUGGAUUUCUCCGGCGACCUUUCCUCUGCCACCGUCAUCUCUCCGAUGAAUUCCAACUUCCCCGCCUUCAAUUGCACCGACAUUCUCCGGAGCAUCUUUCAGAAUUUGCCGCCGUCGGACCUCGCUCGAGCUGCCUGCGUUUGCCAUCUCUGGAACUCUGUCGCCUCCGAUCGACAGAUUCAGACCAGAGCUUUCAAAUCCCCAUGGAAAUUGAAGGACGUCAUUGGUAAUCCCACUUCCACCAGCUUCUGGCGCGAUAACAGCCUCGGUCGAUUCGCCAUCUCUCACCGCCUCGUUCGUGGAGAUACUGUCGCUAGCCUCGCUGUCAAAUAUUGUGUUCAGGUUAUGGACAUUAAACGUUUGAACAAUAUGAUGAGUGACCAUGGCAUCUAUUCGAGAGAGAGGUUGUUAAUCCCUAUAAGCAAACCAGACCUUCUUAUAGAUGGCACAUGCUACAUAGAACUCGACACAUAUGCGAAAAGAGAAGUCGCAGUACUGUAUUUAGAGGGUGGUCCUGAUGAAAAUCCAAGCUGUCUGUUAAAAGGGUCAAUCACCGACAGAGGCAAGAAGAGGGUGGUUGACUCACUGAGGAGAAGCAUGCAUGUUGAUGAUGGUACUGCUGAAUACUACUUGUCUAUUUCAAAUGGUGAUCCUCGGGCUGCAUUCACAGAGUUUUCUGCCGACCUCAGGUGGGAAGAACAUGCAAGGUUGUCCUAGUUCAAUAGUCAUUGUGCAAUUUCAACAGUAAAGAGGGUUGAUCGGUUCCCUGUCCAUGAGAUUUUCUUGCUUUUUGUCUGGUGGAACUUGUAACAUGUUCAAACAAUGACUAUUGAACAGUCACAACUUAAAAAAACACAUACAGAGUUGCUUUUUGUUGAAAUUGCACAAUGACUAUUGAACUUGUAACAUGUUCAAACAAGGGUGGAACUUGCUUUUUUAA